AUGACAACCAAUGACAGCCAUGAAGACGACUCGCAACGAAAUGAUGCCAGUGUUCCACCAAGGUACAGGCGCACGCUGGUCACGAGCUUCAUCGAAAAGAAAUAUCGCAUUCCGGGAGGCGACGUCACUUUCCAUUUGUGGGACACUCCAGGCGAAGAUGAUCCUCUCGCGAUAGCCGAAAGCUGCUGCAAACGAGCAAAGGCUUGCGUGGUGGCGUAUUCUGUGGAGGAUCGGCAAUCCUUUGAAGCUGCGGAGCUUUGGGUGGUGAUGUUGAGAGGGCUUUGUGGACCAGGGCUUCUCUUGGCCCUGGCUCAGUGCCAGUCCGAUCGCAUUGCCUCUGGCAACUCUGGCGCCCCUGUCACAGUGGCAAUGGGAGAGUCUUUGGCGGGAAGGCUGGGAAUUCGCAUGUUUGCCACCAGCGCAAGUGCAGUCGGUGCUGAGCAGCCGAAGCAGUGCGCAACCAGUUCAGGUGCCAGUGAAGGUGCUGGCGGCACUGACAUGACUCCGCAGCAGCGGCGCACACUGCGAUUGUCAAUGUCGGGAGUCACAGGCAAGCGAAGGUUGAGUCUGUUCGGAGGCGUGCCCAUAGGCGACACGGAGCUGUCGGACUUGCUGGAGUCUGAUGUGAUGGGCCACACCACGACUUAUGACUCCAGCAGACAGCCAUCUGCCUGCUCAAACGCGACAUCUACGACACGAGGCUUGCCGACGAUUCUGACGACAGCUGUGGGAGACAAGCCGCCAGCAUCCGACAAACAAAGCUCUGCCGAGGAGAGCUCAGCAGUGCCAAGCACAGACAACAGAGAGGAGGACCAGCCGGACAAAACAGACACAGGCCAGCAUGGCCAGCAAAGCGACCUGAACAUGCCGAAGCCAAAGCUUGGCAUGGAGCAGAGCAUACAGGUGAAGAAGUGGGAAGCCUUGGCCGAGCCAGAACCAGCUCCCAGCCCCGAGUGCCGUAGCACGUCUGGAGAAAUUCCUGCUGGUGGUCAUGACAGCCCCAGCUUUGCAUUGUCCCCUUGCGGCAUGGAGUCUGACGUCAAGGAUGAAUGCCAGGGACCUCGGGCAAGUGUCAACAACACUCCGGUGGCAUCGCAGACAGGUGCAAGCGACGCCGCCCGGGCAACCCCGACACAAAAAAUCAGCCACACGGAGGUCGUGACAGAUCCGGACCUGUGGCAGGCGGUCACGGAGGGCGACCUGCGCAAGCUACAAGAUCUAGUGGCAGCAGGCCUGCUUCGCAGUGGCCGCGUGGUUGACGUGAACCGACACAGUAUAUUUUGGAAUGCCUUGGCUUUCCAGCAGAUCAAGGUUGCCGCGUUUCUGCUACACCAUUUCCCACCAGGAUCGGCACAGGGCGUGGACAUCAGUGAGGUCCACCCACGCCGCCAGGACACACUCCUGCAUCUAUGUCUUUACCUUCGCGAUUUUUCCGCCUGUGCAGCGGAGGUUUUCCAGCAGCUCUACCUGGGUAUCGGACAUGCGUGGACCAAGGCAGCGCUGCAGGCGUAUAGAAGCAGGCCUACAGCUACCCAGGACACCUUCCUUCAUUGUGCAGCAGCUAGGUUGAAUUUCUGGGUCUUGCGAUAUGCUCUGUCGUCAGCGGACGCUGUGUACUUGCUGCAGCACAAGAACUGCAGCAAUCAGAGUGCAUUGGAGGUGUUAAUGCUCAAGCUUUCGGAGGUGCAUCGGUCCCCUUCUCCGUCACUGGUGCAAGCACCACAGGAGGCUGAACGGCCCUUCGUCGAUUUUGGGAAGUACCUGCCCACGACAGACGGAAGCCAGGAUUCCAGGGAGCCCGCUUUUGCAGACGUGGAGCUUGAGGUGGAAGACAGCGGUGAAGUUUGCAGAGUCCCAGCGCAUCGAGCCAUCCUUGGAGCUGCCUCGAGCAGGGAGACCCAGCGGUGUCAGAUGUCGCUAAAGCUGCCUCAAAACGUUUGUUUUGCCUUGGGUACACGUUUGGCAUGA